AUGAAGACUUCGAUGGAUGUCCACGAUGAGCCAUUGAUAGAAAUCCUCCCAGGCCCAACUCUCACGGCCGAGCAAGAAUUGAAAUACGAUACGCUUCUAGGACUGGCAUCGCAAUGGAAUCAAUCAUUCGAUGGUUCUCCGCUUGCUGAACACGAACGCCGAUGGAUAACGCGAGAAUGUCUGAUCCGCUACUUGCGAGCUUGCAAAUGGAUCACCGAGCACAGCCUCGCCCGCCUCAAAGCCACCAUUCUAUGGCGGAGAGAACAGCGAAUCGAUGAUCUCACUGCCGAAGGACCCAUGCUCGAAGAACUCAGUACUGGCAGGCUGAUUCCCCUGGGUUACGACAAGACUGGACGCCCUUGUCUGUACUACAACCUGCUGAAGGAUACCCCGGAAUUGUCACAUGUACACCUAUCCCACCUCUUCUUCAUGACCGAAAGAGCAAUCGAUAUGAUGCACCCCGGGGUAGAAAGCAUCACCGUGAUCAUCGAUCUCAGAGGUGCUUCGCGAUCUCUCAUGCCCUCAAUGACCAAACUCCGCGCCUACAUCGCCGCUUUCCAAGAACAUAAUCCCGAACGAUUGGGAUUAGCAAUCCUACCCACUGCCAUCCCGUGGUGGUUCAAUAGCCUCUGGAAAAUCAUGCGAUUGUUCAUCGAUCCUGCUGUCAAGAAAAAGAUCAAACUCAAUCGAGAAGCUAGUCACUACAUUACAAAAGACCAAUUAUGGACYGAUCAUGGAGGAAGUCUGGAUUUCGAACUCGAUGAUGAUUACUGGGAUGAAUUUCUGGGGGAGGCGGGGAAGAGACGCGGGGAAUAUGUAAAGAGAUGGGAGGCCGCUGGGAAGCGGCUGGGGGAAUCGGAAGAGUACCUUAGGGGUGGAGGGAGAUUUGAUGAUGGAUUUGGGAUCAAUCUGACCAUGGUGGCUUGUGUGAUUGAGAAUGAAUCCUGCUAG